GCGGCGGCCGUGACGUCACGCGCCCGCCCCGCCCGCCGCCCGCACCCGCCACGCAGCGCGCACCAUGGCUUCGGGGCCCGCGGACGCCGAGACCCGGCAGCGCCUGCUGCGCACCGUCAAGAAGGAGGUGAAGCAGAUCAUGGAGGAGGCGGUGACCCGCAAGUUCGUCCACGAAGACAGCAGCCACAUCAUUUCCUUCUGCGCGGCCGUGGAGGCCUGCGUCCUGCAUGGGCUGCGGCGGCGGGCGGCCGGCUUCCUGCGCAGCAACAAGGUGGCCGCGCUCUUCAUGAAGGUGGGCCGGAGCUUCCCGCCGGCAGAGGAGCUGAGCCGCAAGGUCCAGGACCUGGAGCAGCUGCUGGAGAGCGCGCGAAACCAGAUCCAGGGCCUGCAGGAGAAUGUGCGGAAGCUGCCGAAGCUGCCCAGCCUGUCCCCGCUCGCCAUCAAGCACCUCUGGAUCCGCACGGCGCUGUUCGAGAAGGUCCUGGACAAGAUCGUGCAUUACCUGGUGGAGAACAGCAGCAAGUACUACGAGAAGGAGGCCCUCCUCAUGGACCCCGUGGACGGCCCCAUCCUGGCCUCCCUGCUGGUGGGUCCCUGCGCCCUGGAGUACACCAAGAUGAAGACGGCGGAUCACUUCUGGACGGACCCUUCGGCCGACGAGCUGGUCCAGAGACAUCGCAUCCACGGCUCCCACCUGCGGCAGGACUCGCCCACCAAGCGGCCGGCCCUCUGCAUUCAGAAGAGGCAUUCGAGCGGCAGCAUCGAGUCCCUCUCGGCACGGGACUACGUGGAGUCCCUGCACCAGAACUCCAGGGCCACCCUCCUCUACGGCAAGAACAACGUCCUGGUGCAGCCGAGGGACGACAUGGAGGCUGUGCCCGGCUACCUGUCCCUGCACCAGACGGCCGACGUCAUGACCUUGAAGUGGACGCCCAACCAGCUGAUGAACGGGUCUGUGGGGGACCUGGAGUAUGAGAAGAGCGUCUACUGGGACUACGCCAUGACCAUCCGUCUGGAGGAGAUUGUCUACCUGCACUGCCACCAGCAAGUGGACAGCGGCGGGACCGUGGUGUUGGUCAGCCAGGACGGCAUCCAGAGGCCGCCCUUCCGCUUCCCAAAGGGCGGCCACCUCCUGCAGUUCCUGUCCUGCCUGGAGAACGGGCUGCUCCCUCAUGGGCAGCUGGACCCCCCACUCUGGUCCCAGCGAGGGAAGGGCAAAGUGUUUCCCAAACUGCGGAAGAGAAGCCCGCAGGGUUCCGCCGAGUCCACGUCUUCGGACAAGGAAGAGGACGAGGCGACAGAUUACGUGUUCCGAAUCAUCUACCCUGGCAUGCAGUCGGAGUUUGUCCCGCAGGACCUGAUGGACGUCUCCAUGCACAGCCUACCCUCUCUGUGGCAACCCGGUCCCCGGAAGUCCUCCUGCUCGUCCUGCUCACAGAGCGGCCUGGCCGACGGCGGCUCAGCCAAUGGCUGCAACCACGAGAGGGCUCCCCUGAAGCUCCUCUGUGACAACAUGAAGUACCAGAUCCUUUCCAGAGCCUUCUAUGGAUGGCUCGCCUACUGCAGGCACCUGUCCACCGUGAGGACCCACCUCUCGGCCCUGGUCAACCACGCGAUCGUGUCCCCAGACUUGCCUUGUGACGCUGGGCACGGGCUGACGGCCAGGAUCUGGGAGCAGUACCUGGAGGACAGUGCGAGCUACGAGGAGCAGGAACUCCGCCGCCUCAUCUACUUCGGGGGCAUCCAGCCGGAGAUCCGCCGGGCCGUGUGGCCCUUCCUGCUGGGCCACUACCAGUUCGGAAUGACGGAAGCAGAGAGGAAGGAGGUGGACGAGCAGAUCCACGCCUGCUACGCGCAGACCAUGUCCGAGUGGCUGGGCUGCGAGGCCAUCGUGCGGCAGCGAGAGCGGGAGUCACACGCGGCCGCCCUGGCCAAGUGCUCCUCGGGGGCCAGCCUGGACAGCCACCUGCACCGCAUGAUGCACCGCGACUCCACCGUCAGCAACGAGUCCUCCCAGAGCUGCAGUUCUGGCCGCCAGAACGUCCGCCUGCAGAGUGAUUCCAGCAGCAGCACCCAGGUGUUCGAGUCGGUGGACGAGGCGGAGCAGGUGGAGGCCGAGGGCAGGCUGGAGGAGAAGCCGGCCAAGCUGCCCAACGGGAGCCUGGCCAACGGGCCCUGCUCGCCGGACUCGGGCCACCCCUCCUCCCACAACUUCUCGUCCGGCCUCUCGGAGCACUCGGAGCCCAGCCUGAGCACCGAGGACAGCGUGCUGGACGCCCAGCGCAACGUGGUGCUGGCGCUCCGGCCGGCGGACAGCAGCGUGGAGGACGGGCAGAGCAGCGAGGCCACCACGUCCCGGGACGAGGCCCCCCGCGAGCAGCUGACCGUGCAGGACAGCCUCGAGAGCGACCUCCUGGCCAACGAGAGCCUGGACGAGUUCAUGUCCGUCCCCGGGAGCCUGGACGUGGCGGCCCCGCCCGAGAAGGAGGGCUGGGGCGGCCAGGAGGCGGAGCGGCGGGGCCACGGCGACAGCGAGGACAGCCUGUCGGAGGAGCCCGAGAUGGAGAGCCUCUUCCCGGCCCUGGCCGCGCUGGCCAUCACCCCCCCGGCCCUCACUGAGACCUCGCCCGUGUCCUCUAGCGGCGUCACGUACUCCCCCGAGUUGCUUGACCUGUACACAGUGAACCUGCAUCGCAUCGAGAAGGAUGUGCAGAGGUGUGACCGCAACUACUGGUACUUCACCCCCACCAACCUGGAGAAGCUUCGCAAUAUUAUGUGCAGUUACAUCUGGCAGCACCUUGACAUCGGCUAUGUCCAGGGCAUGUGCGACCUCCUGGCGCCACUGCUGGUCAUACUGGACGAUGAGGCACUGGCUUUCAGCUGCUUCACAGAACUCAUGAAGAGGAUGAACCAGAACUUUCCCCACGGAGGAGCCAUGGACACGCACUUUGCCAACAUGAGGUCACUAAUCCAGAUCCUCGACUCGGAGCUCUUCGAGCUGAUGCAUCAGAACGGGGACUACACUCACUUCUACUUCUGCUACCGCUGGUUCCUGCUGGAUUUUAAACGAGAACUCGUGUAUGAUGACGUCUUUUCUGUCUGGGAGACCAUCUGGGCAGCCAAACACGUCUCGUCCGCCCACUACGUGCUGUUCAUCGCGCUGGCGCUGGUGGAGGUGUACCGUGACAUCAUCCUGGAGAACAACAUGGAUUUCACCGACAUCAUCAAAUUCUUUAAUGAAAUGGCCGAGCGACACAACACCAAACAGGUCCUGAAGCUGGCCCGGGACCUCGUGUACAAGGUGCAGACGCUCAUCGAGAACAAGUGAGGCCCAGCCAGCCACCUGCCACCUGCCCCACCCCGCACUUUCCCUCCUGGGCCUCCCCGGCGCCGG